CUAAAAAAUAUAAAUUGAUUCGGAUUAUGGAAUACAAUAUUAUAGAGUUAGGUUUUUUUUAUAGAUUAAAUAUUAUAGAGUUAGUUUAAAUAAGUGGUUAGCUCCGUAUUAACUUAAUAACUAGGUCCAUAAUGAGGUGUCAAAAUAAUAAUGGCAUGUUUUUUAACGUUCAAUGAGUAUGCAUUUGCAAAACACCAUUUAUCAUGAUAGAAACAAUGUGUUUUUUUUUUUUUUUCUAGAAACACAUGUUUGGACAUUUGUUGUGGUAAUGUGUACCUCCCCUUAUUUUCUAAUUUCUCAAAUUUUGUUUGGUCGACAAGAAAAAAGAGAGGAGAGAAUAUGAAUAAAUCACAAGACAACAUUACAUUUAUAAAUUUACAAGUGGGUUUGAGUAGUAUACAAGUUGCUGAGCAUAAUUACAACACAAAAAAUACAUCCCAUACAAUUAUAUAUUCUGGUGUGAAAGUUUGUGACAGUUGAUUCCGUGAAGCGUUGAGUCCCUAUCUGUGGAAGCUGGGUGAACGUGAGCCAAUUAAAAUGAUUGUUAAUGACAAGCUCUUCCUUCCAUUCAUCGCCCCAUUUCUCUCUUGCUCUUUUUUUCUUGCCCUGCUAUGAUGUGCACGUGAAACCCCAAUAAUUCUCAUGCAACAGUGGGGUCCUAAUUCCUGAAGCCAGCCCUUCAUCUUUUGUUCUCAAGCCAAACUCCAAUCCCCAAGAAUCUCUCCACUCUCCACUCUCCACUCUCUCUCUCUCUCUCUCUCUCUCUCUCUCACAAACACAAACACAUUCAUUCAUAUCUUUCUUCUCCACCACCAUCAACAAUGGUGGAUGCAAAACCUGUUUUCCAAGUUCUGCUUCAUCUGCUUUUCCUCUGCCUCUGUUCUGCAAAUGGGGUUCAGUCUUUCAAAGAGAAGAAGGUCCUCAAACUGCAAGAGUUCCGUUGGAGGCAGCAUGGUGGAACCAGAAGUACUGUUUGCCUCUCUCAGAAAUCAAGAAAAGAAAAAGGUGCAACCAUAUUGGAAAUCAAACACAGAGAUUACUGCUCAGGAAAGAUUGUGGACUGGGACAAAAAGCAACAGAAACGUUUAAUUUUCGAUGAUCUUCAUGUUCGGUCACUGCAAUCCCAAUUCAAAAACAGAGUCUCUGGCAGAAUAAAAGAUUUAUCAGAAGCUCAAAUUCCAUUAACUUCUGGUAUAAGGCUACAAACAUUAAACUACAUUGUGACUGUGGAAUUGGGAGGUAGAAAUAUGACAGUGAUUGUAGACACAGGCAGUGAUUUGACUUGGGUUCAAUGCCAACCUUGCAAAUUAUGUUACAAUCAACAAGAACCUCUUUUCAACUCAUCUGCAUCCCCUUCAUACAAAUCUGUUUUAUGCAAUUCAUCAACUUGUCAAGCACUCCAGUUUGAUACUGGGAAUUCUGGGGCAUGUGGGAGCAAUCCAACGAGCUGUAACUAUGUCGUUAACUAUGGUGAUGGCUCGUAUACACGCGGUGAGCUAGGUAGUGACCAUCUCAGUCUUGGAGCUACACCUGUGAACAACUUUGUGUUCGGCUGUGGCAGGAACAAUAAGGGUCUGUUUGGAGGAGCUUCAGGACUAAUGGGCUUGGGAAGGAGUGAGAGUGUUUCACUGGUUUCUCAAACUUCUGCCUUAUUUGGUGGAGUGUUUUCCUACUGUUUACCUACAACAGAAGCCACAGCUUCUGGUUCUUUAAUUAUGGGAGGUGAUGCUUCAAUUUACAAGAAUUCCACUCCGAUUUCUUACACUAGAAUGGUUCCAAAUCCAGAGCUGUCAACCUUUUAUUUUCUCAACCUUACUGGUAUAAGUAUUGGGGGAGUGGCUUUACAAAAUCAAAGUUUUGCAAGUGGUGGGAUUCUGAUUGAUUCUGGGACAGUCAUUUCAAGGCUUGCUCCUUCAGUUUACAAGGCUGUCAAGGCAGAGUUUCUGAAACAGUUUUCGGGGUACCCUCCAGCACCAGGUUUUGCAAUCUUGGACACUUGCUUCAACCUCAGUGCAUAUCAAGAAGUGAGCAUUCCUACCUUAAAGUUUCACUUUGAGGGAAAUGCUGAGCUGAAUGUUGAUGUAACUGGAAUCUUUUAUCUGGUAAAAACUGAUGCAUCACAGAUCUGCUUGGCUCUUGCAAGCCUUUCGUACGAAGAUGAGAUCGGUAUUAUUGGGAACUAUCAGCAGAAAAACCAAAGGGUCAUAUACAAUACUAAAGACUCUAAGCUGGGAUUUGCAGAGGAAUCAUGCAGUUUUAUAUGACCUGGAAUUUUAAAAGGAUUUAGGUAUGUUUUUGCCUAUAUAUUUUUCGAAGUAUAGCCAAGCAAUCCGUUGGCAACAAAACCUUCAACCAAACAAUUCUUCUUAGUUCAUUUGAUGUAUAAAUAGUUAUGGUCACAAUUGGGACAAGGUAUAGAAUAUAUGAAUGCAUGCGCUUUGCAGUUUCUGAGUGCCUCUGUAAUAAAGUGACUCCCUACAGCUGAGGCAGGAAGAGUUUGAACUGUAUAUUAUUUUUCUGUGUAUCUGUUUGGACGUAAGAAGAUACGCAGGAGUGUGAAGGUAUAGCUAUUGUGACCACACAAGGUUCACAUAUACGUGCCCUCCUUGUUGCUUCAUAUAAAUGAAAAGUGGGUCCUUGCCAAAGCUCUUGAGAACUUUGUGUGAAAGAACUCUAUUAUUUCAUGCACUUCAGAGUAUUGAUCUCC